AUGGCAUCGCAAGGAGGUCAACUUAACGUAGUUAAGUACCUCGUUAGUCAAGGAGCACAGGUAGAGAGGGGUAAUAAUAAAGGUUCGACACCACUUCAUGAUGCAUCACACAAAGGUCAUAUUGAUUUAGUUCAGUAUCUCGUUAGUCAAGGAGCACAGGUAGAGAGGGGUAAUAAUAAUGGUUCAACACCACUUCAUUUUGCCUCACUUGGAGGUCAUCUUGAUGUAGUUCAGUACCUCGUUAGUCAAGGAGCACAGGUAGAGAGGGGUAAUAAUGAUGGUUCGACACCUUCUCAUUUCGCAUCACAAGGAGGUCAUCUUGAUGUAGUUCAGUAUCUCGUUAGUCAAGGAGCACAGGAAGGGAGGGGUAAUAAUGAUGGUUCGACAUCUUCUCAUUUCGCAUCACAAGGAGGUCAUCUUGAUGUAGUUCAGUAUCUCGUUAGUCAAGGAGCACAGGUAGAGAGGGGUAAUAAUGAUGGUUCGACACCACUUCAUUUUGCAUCAAAAGGAGGUCAUCUUGACAUAGUUCAGUACCUCGUUAGUCGAGGAGCACAGGUAGAGAGGGGUAAUAAUAAAGGUUCGACACCACUUCAUGAUGCAUCACACAAAGGUCAUAUUGAUUUAGUUCAGUAUCUCGUUAGUCAAGGAGCACAGGUAGAGAGGGGUAAUAAUAAUGGUUCAACACCACUUCAUUUUGCCUCACUUGGAGGUCAUCUUGAUGUAGUUCAGUACCUCGUUAGUCAAGGAGCACAGGUAGAGAGGGGUAAUAAUGAUGGUUCGACACCUUCUCAUUUCGCAUCACAAGGAGGUCAUCUUGAUGUAGUUCAGUAUCUCGUUAGUCAAGGAGCACAGGUAGGGAGGGGUAAUAAUGAUGGUUCGACAUCUUCUCAUUUCGCAUCACAAGGAGGUCAUCUUGAUGUAGUUCAGUAUCUCGUUAGUCAAGGAGCACAGGUAGAGAAGGGUGAUAAUGAUGGUUCGACACCA